AUGACUUCAAUAGCCGACGACGAACCGGACGAAUGGGACAAGCGCAUCCUCAACACCGGCUGCUACGAGGAGAACCUCGCCUUGCAACUCUGCCAUGCCGACAAGGGCGAUUGGCGCAAGUGUCUCGGCGAAAUGGCGGCUUUUCGGAAGUGCUGGGACCAGAACAAGAAUAACGCGAGAACGAGCACCGUAGACAAUCCGAGCGACAAUUCGAACGAUAAGGCAAGUAAUUAG